CAGACGUACAAAAUCCAGUCCUCCCCUUUAAUACGUCCCCCUACCGUUUGUUGCAUUGAUGAGGCGCGCGUGUGUUUUUGCGACUAAUUUAGGACGAACAAAAUAUCUUGCGGAUACAAACACUUGUGUCGUUAGUUUACAAAAGUCGCUGUUUGAACAGUUACGUCCUCCUUGUGUCCCAUUUUUUGUCAACACCGCGGAGAGAGGACACAUGUCAACUGAAGCCAAGAGGCAUUGCGCUGACAGAAUGACCGCCAAAAAGAUAGGAACCCACAAUGGAACUUUUCACUGCGACGAGGUUCUGGCCUGUUUUUUCCUCCGGCAAUUACCAGAAUACAAGGAUGCUGAGAUUGUACGGACUAGGGACCCCGCUCUGCUGGCUGGAUGUGACAUCGUUGUCGACGUGGGAGGAGAGUUUGACCCGCAGAGGCACCGCUACGAUCAUCAUCAGAGGACUUUCUCCGAUACCUUCCAUAGCCUGUGCCCCAACAAGCCGUGGGUGACAAAGCUCAGUUCUGCCGGCCUGGUCUAUCUCCACUUUGGCCGUCAGUUGCUUACCCAGCUGACGGAGCUGAAGGAGGACAACAAGCAGCUGGAGAUCCUCUAUGACAAACUGUAUGAGAACUUUGUGGAGGAGGUGGACGCAGUAGACAAUGGCAUUUCACAGUGUGAUGGCGAGGCCCGCUACGCCAUUUCCACCACGCUGAGCGCACGUGUUGGCCACCUGAAUCCGCGCUGGAACAGCAAGAGUCAGGACACCGAGGAGGGAUUCAGGAAGGCCUUGGAAUUAGUUGGGGAUGAGUUUCUGGACCGUUUGGAUUUCUACAAGUCCUCCUGGCUCCCAGCUCGCCAGGUUGUGGAAAAAGCCAUCAACGAGCGGCACAAGGUAGAUCCCAGUGGAGAAGUGAUGGAGUUCUCCCAAGGCGGGUGUCCUUGGAAGGAGCAUCUGUUCGCCCUGGAGAAGGCGCUCCAGGUAGAAACGCCCAUCAAGUAUGUGCUGUACUCCGACCAGAAUGGACAUUGGAGGAUCCAAUGCGUCCCUGCGGGCCUCCACACCUUUCAGAGCAGACUGCCGCUGCUGGAGGAGUGGCGCGGUAUCCGCGACGACGAGUUGUCCCGGCUGAGCGGCAUCGAGGGCUGCAUCUUUGUCCACGCCUCUGGCUUUAUCGGCGGGAACAAGACACGGGAAGGGGCCAUGGAGAUGGCCCGAAGGACCCUGCAAGCCGCCGCCGAGUUGCCCACCAACGGCGACUACUGACUGGUUUGAAAUAACCAUUUUUUUAUGUCAUCAAAAGGAUGUUUGUUCCUAUAAUGUUCAUCUUGUUAGUAUCUGAUGGUUUAGUUACAUCUGCACAAUAAAGUACUGCCUCUAAACAUUAUACUAUGUUUUGGGUGGCACCAUCAGAGGUGUUAUUUUGUAUGAUUCAUGUAACCAAGAAAAGUGCAAAUUACAACAUUUUUGAAAGUGAAUUAUCCAUAAGUGGGAAAUGCAGUAAAUUCACCUUUGUUUUGGUAACAUUACAAGAUCAGUCUAUUAUUUCCCCAUGCACCUGUCAAUAGGUAGAAUAGGUUGGAAACCUGCGCCAAGGCACAUUGCGCCAAGGCACAAUAGAGCGAAUCUGAGUCAAAGCAAAACUGCCGCCUCUUUUAUUGUAUGUUCUUGGAAAUUACUGGCAUUAAUGUCAGGCUCCAGCCAGCUCCUAAAUGAUGUAUUGUGACCUGAACAUUUGACAAAGCGGUACAUUUUUCCAUCGAUUUGUUAGGGAUGUAAAUUACUAGUGACAAUAAUACAUCGCUCUUUUGGACAACCAUAUGGUAUUUGCCAAGGGCCUCAGGUCGAUUUUAUACAAUAAUAAUUGCACAUUAAAGCAAUCAAAAUAGAAAGCAAUUGUGAUUUUUUUUUUUUUGCUGAAACAGUACUGUAACUCUUACUGUACUGUAAAAAUUGAAAGAAAAAAAUGCAUGAGCAUCCAAUUCCUUGUCAACUUACAAUUUUACAAACAUACAUGACUUUUCAUUUUUUUACCUUUUUAAUAAUAAAAUCAAUUUAGUUACCAAUAAAUUGGGAGGAGAAAUCCCAAUCUGCAUCCACAUUUCUCUGAAUAUUAUGACCUCAUUCAAGCAUUUUUCUUAAGGGGCAUGCUGAAACGACACUGGAGAACAAUUAGGGGGGAAAUUUUGUUGAAUUAGAUUCUUAUGCUGAUGAGAAGUGAAUUUGGCUUGUUGAUUCAAAAAUGGCAUUUUAUUCAUUUUUUAAGAGCAAGUAAAGUUUUUCCAUAGGUGCCUACUUACUGGUACUAUGUUCUUACUUUACUUGCACACAAGUAUAAUUACAGUAGUUAUAUCCUUAAUAAUGUUAAAUGAAAAUUGCAAUCAUUUUUCUUUCAUUGUAAAUAAGUAUUUGACUUCAUUUUAUGAAUAUACGAUAGAUGAAUAUGUGAAUAACAUUUUAUUGUCCCUUUUUUGAAAACGAGGAUAAAAAGUUAAAAAAAAAAAAAAACUGACAGAGAAAACUGAGAUCAGUUUUAGAUUCUGCAGCCAAAAAUUGAUUGGCUAAAACUGAUCGGGGAAAAAAAAAACCCGUUACAGCUAACUAAACAAAUGGAGUUUCCCGGUUUGUGUUUUUCAACUGUAGUAACUUAAGGAAACAACCUUGGUGGAGGUAAUGCAAAAUGGCACAAUCUUCCUAAAGGCAGAAUUAUUAUGUCUUGUACUGGUUUCUCUUGGCUAGUGUAGCUAAACCUAGUACACCGUUUAUCAUUCCUUUCCAAUGAAACAAAAUGCUUCGUGCUCUGUUCUCUUUGUCCAACAGUGAAGUCGUCGCUUUGCCAAAUCAGAUCAUAUAAUCGCUGUCGGCCAUCUGCCAAGGUGGGCCAUCAAAGCCUGCGAAUAGACAUGAAAUCCCUUUUCAAGGAAGUCCAAUUCACGCCGUCCGACGGUCUUUUUCAUUGGCGGCGCUCUACAAAGAGGCGCGCAGGCUAUUUCUGCCAGGCUGCGCCAUCAAAGCGACCGCAACGCGUGCCUUGAUUAAUUCAGAGAAAUUAAAUUUUCAAAGGCCACGAAGAGGCGCGGUUCACAGUGGCUCAAUGAGAUACGUGUUCAUUUUCUCGAUAAUACUUCCUUCACUUGCAAAUGUGUAAUAAUUAAAAAUUUGUACACCAUUUUUAACUCAUUGGCUGACAUUUUCGACUGGGAGGUUUGACAGCAAUCGAUGGCUGAUGCCGUCAAUGGCUGCCAAUGAGUUAAGCAUGAAAAAGGACGUAAAUCCAUUACUUUCGGCGGUUUCAUUCACUUUUGGCAGGGGCAAUAUCGUAGUUAUAGUUUGCUUUGGUCAAAUAGGGCUAUUUCGAUAAAUCAACAAUUUAUUGACUUAUCAAUGAUUAAAUGACAUAAGAUUCGUUUAAAAACAUGGUUUUUAAACGAAGUAAAAGUAUUAAGUAUAAAUAAGUUUUUUAAAUAGUUAUUUAGAUUUACUUGAAGGGAUCUCAAUGUUUAAGCUGAGAUUUUCCUUAUGAAAGAGAAUUUACGCGUUACAAAUUUGUUCCUGUAUUUCUUCCGUGUUCAUCAUCAGCCAAUCACGAAACCAGUUUCCAGUCUUAGUCCGGCUUGCCACAGCUCUGUAUGCCCCAUAAACUAAGGCUACGCCAGCGCCAACUUUGACAAAGUCUAAAUUAUGUCUACUGCUCAAGCAAAAAAAAAAGUUACGAAUCUCAAAAGGAUUCAACAAGAGAACAAAAUAAGGAUAUGCAUUCAUUUAGCGUGGUUCCAUCCAUCCAUUAUCUGCCGCUUAAUCCGGGGUCAGUUCGCGGGGGGGAGGAGCAAGCUCAGACUUCCCUCCCCCCAGCAACUUCCACCAACUCGUCCGGCUGGAUCCCUAAGUGUCCCAAGGCCAGCCGAGAGACACAGUCUCUCCAGCGUGUCAAACCGGACCCCCUCAGCGCUUUGGCUUCGCCUAAAGAUUCUGUCCAUAAAAGUUAUGAACACAAUCGGUGACAAAGGGCAACCUUGGCGGAGUCCAACCCUCACUAGAAAUGAAUUCGACUUACUGCCAGCACUGCGGACCAAACUCUUGACACCAGUCAUACGGGAAACAAACGGCCCUUACUAAGGGGCUUGGUACUCUGUACUCCCGGAGCACCCCCACUGGACUCCCCGAGGGACACGGUUGAACGCUUUCUCCAAAUCUACAAAACACAUGUAGACCAAGUGGGCGAACUCCCAUGCACCCUCGAGGACCAUGCCAAGGGUGUAGAGCUGGUCCACUGUUCCAUGGCCGGGACGAAAACCACACUGCUCCUCCCGGAUCCGAGAUUAGACUUCCCGACGGACCCUCCUCUCCAGCACCUCUGAAUGGAUUUAACCGGAAAGGCUGAGGAAUGUGAUCCCUCUAUAGUUGGAACACACCUUCUGAUCCCCCUUCUUAAAGAAGGGGACCACCACCCCGGUCUGUCAAUCCAGAGGCACUGUCUCCGAUGACACUUGAAGUUGUAGACGCGUGUCACCCACGACAGCCAGACAACAUCCAGAGCCUUUAGGAAGUCCGGGCAGAUCUCAUCCACCCCCGGGGCCCUGCCACUGAGGAGCUUUCCAACCACCUCAGUGACUUCUGCCCCAGAGAUAGGAGAGCCUGCCUCUGAGUCCCCAGACUCUGCUUCCUCAAAGGAAGGCAUGUCAGUGGAAUUGAGGAGGUCUUUGAAGUAUUUUUUCCACCUGUUGACCGGUGUCCUGCUGGUACUAGGUUAUUCAGCAUAUGGAUCCAUUGACCGUGGUGAAGAUAGUCUUUAAGUGUGUGUAUAUUUAGUCAGUAAUUGAAUUUUAAAUGGAUGGAGAAAUUAAUUAGUCUUUGUGGAUGCUGUCAAUACAUUAUCAAAUUAUUUAUUUCUUUGCCAGUGUGCUUAUACAUUGAGAAAAGUAGCCCUACCUCACUUCGGUCAUGGUGACAUAAACUAACUUGGACCUCGUAUCACAGCUAUUUUAAUCAUCAUCACUAAAUGUUGGCGUUAUUACAUUAUACUUGCUUUAAAAUGAAAAAUAAUGUAUACCUUCUGCAGAAAACUUGUCGCUUGCCACUCUAAUGUUAAGCGCUAUUCUGGCAACCAGAAGGGGAGGGCAUUUUGUGCUCAAUAUCUCAAUAUCUUUAUCUAGUUGCAGUACCAUUUUUGGCCAUAAACCAUACAUUGAGCACCUUUAAGAACUACAAAAACAUCCUUUAAUUUUGGCAAGAAACACGAAGUUUGUUUCAUGGGCCUCACAAAAUCAUUUACUCGGCUGAAUCUGGCCUCUGGCCCUUUCACACUUGUGCAUUACUUGUUAUUCACUGGUACGAACUCAUUCCUUUGUCUGGUUACUUUGUUCCUCACUCGCAUUUGUUUUCAAGUAUUAUUACAGGGAUCCAUUUGGCUGUCAUAGUGUAAUUCACAGCAAUUAUGGUGCCAUUGUUAUAUGGGAAUAAUGGAUGGAUAAUCACCGCCUGGGAGAACGCAGCAGAGUUAUAGUCCGAUUGGCUGCAGCUCCUAUUAAAGGAAGAUUUUAAUUAAUAAAUUAUGCUCUAAUAAGCUGCCCACCAUUACCAUUCUAUCACAUCUGUUUUAUUUAUGCUGGCUGUCCAAUACAAAGAAAGUAUCACCGUGUGUCUAACUCCAAAUUUAGAAUUAAUGGGCUGUAUUCAGUGUGAAUAUAUUCACACUUAUGUUGUUUGUGAUGAGGAAAGAUGUUUUAUGAGUUCGAUUUGUGGUCAUGGAAUAAACUAAACUCAUAUCCAAAGUGGGACUGCCAAUUAUUUUUAUAAUCGACAAGUCACCGAUUAUUUUGGCAAUUACCUAGUUGACUACGCCACAUAUAUAAAUAAUGUAGUUUACAGUUAUCCACUGGUUUAUCAUUUUAUAUCUAAGAGUAACAAAAAUAUGCACUGGACUGUAACUAUGCAUGUAUGUAUGUAACUAUGCAAAGUGUAUCAUGAUUAUCCAGAGCAAAAGCAGAUAUUUCCAAAUAACGAUUGAUUCAGUACAAAGAUGAUCUGCUUUCAUUUAGGGACUACGGAAAACAGAAUAUUUAGUGCUUUUUUUUCUUUUCUCUUUAUUUAUUUUUUUACUUAAAACAUUUUCAAAAAUUCAAAAAUAUAACAAGUUGCACAAAAAUAAAAACUGAACAUUCAAUAUUUUUUUUUCCUUUGUAAAUAAUACAGUACAUCUGAAAACAUUUACUAUCAAGAGGUUGAAAGGGCCAAUUUUAGGUCAACUGUUCCUCUAAAUCAGGGAUCCCCAACAGCCGGGCUGUGAUGUGCUUAUAUGAUCCUUGGACAAGAUUUGUCCGUAAGUAUGGUUGUUGUAAAGAAUGUACAUAUUAUGUUAGUAAGCGAAAUGUUAUAUUUUUUUUGUAUGAGACGCUUUUUGUUUAUGUUUAGUGAACCUGUAUAGCGUGCUAAGCUAACGUUGUUGCUAAUGCAAUGCUUGUGGACUUUUUUGUUGUUGUAGUUUUACGACGGUCUAAAGAGGACAACGGUUUGAGGCCAUUUUAUUAAUAAAUCAGAUGAAAAAGGAAGAAGUCUGAUUAUUAAGGCGUCGUUCACUAGCUGUCUAGCUUUGGAAAAAGUAGACGCUGCGGAGUGAGGACAGCAUAGACAGAUUUAAAUGACAGGAGAGUGAAAUGCCCACUACAGUCCUUAUGUACCGUAUGUUGAAUGUAUAUAUCCAUCUUGUGUCUUAUCUUUCCAUUCCAACAAUUUAUUUUACAGAAUAUAUAUAUGAUUUACAGAAAAAUAUGGCAUACUUUAUAGAUGGUUUGAAUUGCGAUUAAUUGCGAUUAAUUACGAUUAAUUAAUUUUUAAGCUGUAAUUAACUCGAUUA